UAUAGGGGAAAGGAAGGCAAAACGGACCCUGUGGGCAAAAAGGUCCACCUUGAUUAUAAUGAAACAUGUAACGCCAUCUAUCUGAUUGUUACGUCAAAUUAUUGGAAGCCAUGUUGCCGCUUUCGGUCAGUGUACUCAGUUCCACCGGCCGCACGUGCACCGAUUUAGCAAGAUGGUAAAUAAUUAUAAAAGAAAAUCCAAUCGAAAUUCCUGGGAUGAAGCCAGCAUGAAAAAUGCAAUCGAGAAAGUCAAACGAGGUAAAACAGCAAUUAUUACGUCAUCACCCUACCGCCUUGAAGUGGAAGCUUCUCAAAAUAAACAGGCUGAGAAGAUCAAGAAAGCACUUAUUUUCCAGAAAGACAUGAAACCUACAAAAAGAGAAGCAAAAAGUAAGACAGGAAAAAAGAAAAUCAAGAAAACUUUACGAAAAAUUUCAAAAAAAGGAAAAGCUAGCAAGAUAUCUGAUGUAAAAAGGUCAAAAACUAAAAACAAUUAUAGUUCAUCUGAGGAAGAUGACACUGAGUGUCUGUACUGUUCUCAUUUGUAACUAGAAAAAUGUGCUAACUGAUUAAUUUUAUGUAAGUCCGUUUUGCCUUCAUGUGUGGUCCAUUUUGCCUACCACAUGAAGGUAAAACGGACAUAUUGAAGGUAAUAGAAAUCAACUAAUAUCCUCAUUGUCUGUGAUUUUAUCAAAGUCUGAUUCGUACCUAAUGUAGAGUAAAGAAUGUUGAUUAAUAUUACUUUGAAGAA